AUGGCUGUGAGUCCCGAGCAGUGUUUGUCCUUGAUUGGACUCACUCUCCUCUGUCUGAAAAUGGUUAUUUCAUCCGAAACAGCUCCUGAAAUACCAACUAUUGAUCAGGCAUAUUCGAAAAUCAGCAAUAGCAUCACUGUGGAGUGGACUACCGUGCCAGGGGCCACAAGUUACCUGCUCACAGCUGAAGAUGGGGACACGCUCAUUGAGACCAUGGUGGCCAGCUCCCCAGGCACUGUGACAGGCCUGAAGGCUGCCACCGUGUAUCAGAUCACUGUCAGAUCCAUCAGUGCCUCUGGACGAAGCCAGGCGUCAUCUCCAAAGCAGGCAAAGACAGUGUUGGCAGCACCCGUUCUGGAAGUUAGCUCUCCCAGUCCAGACUCCAUCCUGGUGAGGUGGGACGCUGUGUACAUGGCAAUUGGAUUCUCGGUGUCGGUCAUGCAAGCCAACGGCUUGGGUAGAAUUUGGAAAGAGAAUACCACAAACACCUCCUUGACCUUCAGCAGCUUAGACGCCGGGACCCUCUACACUAUAAAGGCCUACGCGUGGAAUGCCAAUGGAAUCCCCGGGGACGACUCCACCUGCAAUCAGAGAACCAGUCCUCGUGCCCCUGCCAACAUUCAAGUCUUCUUUGACAGCGGCGCCCUAAAGGCGUCUGUUUCGUGGACUCCAGCCGAAGGAGCGUUCAACUACACCGUGCUGGCGGCCAGCGAAUCUUCCCAGCGGAGCUGCAGUACGGCUCUCAGCUCCUGUAGCAUCAGCUCUCUGCGGUGCGGGACGGAGUACCUGAUUUCUGUCUCAGCAAGUAACGAUGCAGGGUCCAGCAGGUCCUCCUCUGCACCGACCCUGAAGACUGUUGCUUGUGCACCCGGAAGAGUGACGAUCCAGGAAGACCCCCCUGGUCACUUGUCUGUGGCUUGGUCCAGCGCGGAGCUUGGUGACUACUACGUGGCGUUCGUGAAGAGCGACGAUGGCCUGGAAGUGCACUGUAACACCUCCUUCACCCGGUGCGACUUCCUGUCGGAGUGCGGCUUCACCUACUUCAUUAGCGUGUUCGCCUACAACAAGGCAGGGCAGAGUCCUCUGGGCAACGUGUUCAAUUACACCACAGCUCCCUGUUGUCCCAGCGACGUCAGCCCAGUGUUGGUGUCCAGCGACAGAGUGGAAAUUGCCUGGUCUCCGGUGCGCGGUGCCGAGCUCUACGAAACCAAGGCCGUAGCUGGGCACAGUGUUGUGGAGUGCAACGACACCGCCCCUGCUUGCACCCUCUCGGCUUUGGAGUGUGACACCAAGUACAAAGUCACAGUGUCUUCCUUCAGCGAGGUCCGGGGCAGCAAUCUGUCGUGCUCCUCCCACUUUAUCACCACAGCCCCUUGCCGUCCUGAAAUAAAGACCAUCUCAAAGGAUGCGUCUUCCAUGAUUCACGUGCACUGGCGAUCUACCAACGAAGGUGCCGCUUACACGGUGACUGCCCAGGGGAAGAAGGGCCUGUUCCAGUGCCGCAGCACAGGGGAGACCUGCAUGAUGGGGGGUCUGCCCUGUGGCUCCACGUUCUCUGUCACCGCUGUGGCCGAAACCCAGGCGGGAAAGAGCCUCCCCAGCUACAGCGUGCCCCUGGAAACAGUGCCGUGCUGUCCAGCUGGUCUGACAGCAGCUCAGGUCACCCAGUCUAUAAUCAACGUGAGCUGGACUGUUGGGGCGGUGGCUCAAACCUAUGUGACAGUGCUGGAGUCACACAUUGGACAGUCCAAGUGUCACACCCAUCAGAACCACUGCCUUCUGGGGUGCGUUGCAUGUGGCGUCAACUACACGGUGGCGCUGAAGGCCGUUAGUCCCACGGGACUGACUGCAGACUGUGCCUCCCAAAGUUACUCCUCUAGUGCCUGCUGCCCACUGGGGGUCAAAUUAUAUAGGCUGGGCCCUAAUGGCAUCCGAAUCUACUGGCAAGCCUCCAGGGGCUCUGCCAAUUAUAGCACCGACCUCCAUGGCUCCAAAGGCAUCUUUACAUGUGCGCCACGUGCUGGCCUGAGUUUCUGUGACAUCACCGACAUCCCCUGUGGGGACGUAUACACUGUGAUGGUCUCACCAGUUGCUGAAACGGGACUGAAGCUCAGCUUUUGUCCAAAGAAAAUAUAUUCAGUCACCUGUUCUGGAAGUACACUCGGGAUGGUGAUUUACAGAGGGAAGAGGAACGACACGGCGAGCCCCCGGUAAAAACAGGCACUCCGAGAGAGCCCGUGUGUCGGUAAUGAGCAGCGAUGGAAACAAACCAUUAGAACACAAAAUGCCAGUAGGAUAGGAAAAGUUCCUUUGGCCUAUAAAGGAGUGAGUCGUACUCUGCUUUGAGAGGGCAAAGGUCAAGGGUGUCAUCAGCUGCAGAGAAUUUCAAGAUGAGCUGUGGAGGGGAGAGGAUGCUACAGAUCCUGACAGGCCCCUGGAAGGCUGCCAGAGUGCAUCAGCACCCUGUCACAGCCUGGAAGCACAAAUUUCAGCUUAGCAGAUAUUUGUUCUGAGACCUCACAUCCAGGCGCACCACAGAAUGUUGCCUACCCCAACCCCAUGUAGCCCAAUCUGGCCCAGUCCUUCUGCAUCAGCCUCCCAGAGUGCUGGGAUUACAGGCAAGCACAGGCAUGCUCCAUCAUAGACUCCAAUGCGUCCUGUUCACCAAUGUCUCAGCAGCUUGCCACAGCAUUCUCCCGGCCACACCAAGAAGGAUGGAAGCGCAGCCCCACUGCAGACAGACCACCCUCGGGGGGGGGGGGCAGCAUUCGCCCCAAAACAGGUCUCUCUUUGGACUCUUUGGCUUGAGACUAUAGCAGCAGCUGCUAGGGCAAUGAGUGCCAACAAAUACCCUCGGCACAAGUUCCUGGGGAAGCUGAGCUGCCUGCAGACCUCACUGAGUCAGAGCACCACGUGAGCAGGCAUCUGCCAGAGCCUCCGGGAAAGCAGAACUGAGGGCCUGUGGCUGGAGAGAUUGCCAUCACGCUCUCCGAGUGAGGGAAAUGUCGGGCAGAGCGGCAGCCAAGGGCAAAGAGUCUCAGACAGUGGCAGACUGAAAGACACACAGCUUCUCCGGGGCUUCAUCAGUCUUGUAGCCUGUUCCCUACACUGUAAUGGCUUCCUUCCCUGCCUGGAGAGGGCAAACAGGGAUAUACGACAUAAAUCUGUU